AUGACGUUUAUGUUCCUGACAUUUUUCCCCAAUGCCUUUCUAUUAGGAUUCUUCGCCUUCCACCGACACCUUAUUACACCUUUCACCGUCUACAUCAUCUCGCUCCUGAUCUCCAACAUUCUCGUCAACAACAUUUGUAUGCUACCGUACGCCAUCGUUGAACACUUCAGUAUCCCGCAAGAUCUCAAGACCGCAUUUGCUAUCGAUGUUCUCUACUCAUACGGCGGCGAUGUCAUCAUGGGCGUGGUCAUGUUCUCGCAUUGUGCCAUCACUUUAAAUAGGCUGUGGGCAGUGUAUUUUCCCGUGCAUUAUCGGCAGCGUCACAGCAAGAAAACAGCCGGUAUCUUCUGUUCCGCAAUCUGGUUAAUCAUCCAUACAUUCACCCUGCCGAUAGCAUUAAACAGACAUUCCUACCAGCUUUUCGGAAUCCCAUCACGAGAAAGUAUUAACGACCUCUAUACCAAUAUUGUGGGACCGGUCGUCUACAUUUUCCCGGUGUGCUUCGUCGCCGUUGCCUAUCCAUUCAUGUUCCGGAAGACAUCGCAACGCUGGCGGGAAUCCAACACCAUGGAAACCGUGACCGAAGGAAUCUCGCGAACACUAUCCUUUGGCUGGCCGGAGAGAUACUAA